GCAGAGAUCGUGGUGACGUUACCUUCCGGGUGAAGGUGCGCGUGCCUGACGACCUCCUCAUUAAAGCAACUUGACUUGAUGACAAAACGCGCAUGGCUAGUGGGAGGGUCCCAUGCACACCGGCGCUACACCACCACCAGGGCUGCCUGAGCUCAGAGCGGAUGGCCACAUGACAGGAGCCGGGAGGCAGCGGUGGUGAGUGGGCCGACAUGAUCCACGGACACGCUCGGAGACCUCUUCUGCUCGCCUUCACCUGUGUGUUUCUCUCCGGAGCGUCGCCAUGGUCACACGGACAGGAGGAUACCCGCUACGGUGACAAUGAGCAGUGUUCUGAUAACAUCUCCACCACCAAGUACUCCUGUGUCAAGUCCACUGGGGAGGUGACCACUUGUUACAGAAAGCAGUGCUGCCGGGGAUUCAGGUUUGUGCUGGGCCAGUGUAUUCCUGAAGAUUAUGACGUGUGUGCUGGCGCCCCCUGUGAGCAGCAGUGUACCGAUCACUUCGGCCGUGUGGUGUGCACCUGCUACCCCGGCUACCGCUACCACCGCGAGCGCCACAGGAAGCGUGAGAAGCCUUACUGUCUGGACAUUGACGAAUGUGCCGACGCCAACACGACGGCUUGUUCUCAAAUCUGCAUCAACACGGUGGGGAGCUUCAGGUGCCAGUGUGAGACGGGCUACUUCCUGGAGGGAGAUGGGCGGACAUGCACCAAGGGAGAGAGAGCGCUGCAUCUCUUGGACCAAUCCGACGUCGUGAUGAACGCGGGAACCUGCUCGGCCACGUGUGAUGACUUCCAGCAGAUCAAGACGAUCGUGCUGCAGCUUAAAGAGAAGAUGCUGUCAAGCAGUGGUGAUGUUCUUGAGCAGAGGAUCAAUGAUAAAAUUCCAGGGUCUCCAGUUUUUUUGACAGGACCCCCCGGCCUUCCUGGUCCUCCAGGCACCCCAGGACCAGAGGGACCGCCAGGUCUUAAAGGACUGCUGGGGCCCCCGGGCCCCCCUGGACCAAGGGGCCUGAUGGGUCCCACGGGCCCCACACCAGACUUGUCCCACAUCAAACGAGGCCCCCGUGGACCUGUGGGGCCUCCCGGAGCACCGGGAAAAGACGGACGCAAGAGAUUGCAAAAAUCACUGUUGAAGGAAUCUGUGAGAUUUUUCAAGUGCAGACACGUUUCUUCCCCCGAGAAAGCCAGCCAAAGAAGCUCCAGCAAACGCCCGACGCAGGGCGACCGAGGGGCUCCCGGACUUGCUGGACCUCCAGGCCCCCCGGGCUCCUUCGACUUCCUGCUCCUACUCAUGGCCGACAUCCGCAACGACAUAGCCGACCUGCAGAGCAAAGUGUACGGCCGGGCCCCCCUCCACCCGGGGGAGGAGCUUCCUGGCGGCUGGAGGGAUAGCCAGGACGUGGGCUCGGGUGAGGACUACAAAGAACCGGUGCCGCCCCACGCCAAGAGAAACCGGAAGAGGAAACCAACACGAAGAGACUGGAACGACUGAGGGAAAUCCAUUUUGAAAGAUUGAAUGUGAGAUGUAAAUAUCGACUUAUUAUUAUUAUUUAACAAUUUUUAACAGCCAUUCCAUCACAGAUGUUUAUUUUUCUAUUAUAUGCAUAUUUUUUAACAAAACUAUUUUGCAGACAUCCACUUUAAAACACAUUAAAACAAAAACAGCCCUGA